AUGAAAGGCUCUUCUCCAUCAUAUUCGACGAUUGAACAGUGGGUUUCUAAAUUGAAGAAAGGUCGCACGAGCACUUCUGACGAACCACGUUCAGGACGCCUAUUUGAUGUUGCAACACCAGAAAUUAUUGAAAAAAUUAAUAAAAUGGUGAUAGAAGACUACAGAUUAACGUUGAAUGAGAUAGCUGAGGAUACUAUAAUUUCAACUGAGCAUGUACGAAAUAUUUUACAUGAACAUUUGGGCAUGGAGAAGCACUGCUGUCGGUACUGCUGUCACCACUACACUCCAGAAAGUAAACAGCAGUCGAAACAAUAA